AUGGAUACCAAAACAUUUGAUGUUAGUGAAUUGAUCGGGUCUAGUCUGUGGGCAGUGCAAUGUGCUCGGAGGCGUUCUUCAGGCAGAAGCGAUGAUACCAACGACCUCUACGCCCAGAAAACUAUUGGAGUUUAUGAGAAUGAAGAGGCGUUAUUGGAUACAAAGGAGAACUAUAUAGAAACCGCAAAGGCCGAAUUCUUGAAAGAAGUAAAGAUUCUCUAUCAUGCUCAGCACCAGCACGUUGCGAAGCUCAUCGACGCAUUUGCCAUCGAGGACCCGCCACAGUUUGCACUUGUAAUGGAUCGUGCAGAUGAAAAUCUUUCGAAAUGCCUUGUUAAAAAGAGGAAAGAUCUGAAACGAGAAUGGUUCGGCUGCUUGCUAUCCGCCGUGGAUUACAUUCACGGUAUGGGCAUCCGUCAUCGGGAUAUCAAACCUGCGAAUAUAUUAGUAAAGAAUGGGAAAGUGUACUUGGCAGAUUUUGGAAUUUCGACCAUGAGUAUUGGCAUAACGCUCUCAACAACAGUGCCCGCCCAGGCUCGUGCAAGGUCUGACGAGUACUGUGCUCCCGAGGUACUAGAAGGAAGCACGCGUGGCCGGUCCGCUGAUAUCUUUUCCCUAGGCGCUGUGUUUCUGAAGAUGUUUGUUUCCUACUAUUUGAAUUGGAUGAAGGAGCUCUCGACAGCAUUGAAAGAUACACAGAGCGGCAUCGCGUCUUUCGCUAAGAAGAUUGACAUGGUGCACAAAUUUAUGGACAGCUUGCCGACUUCAAUUACUGCGCUCGAUGAAAAAGAUGCCUGGCAGCCUAAGAUAGUCGCUAUUUGCCAGAAGAUGCUGCGAGCAGACCGCGACGAACGUCCUAAAAGUUGGCAGCUGCUGAAAGACUUGCCUCCCUGUUGCAAUUGCACAGAGACCAAUCAUAUGGAGCUACGGGGACGCCUUCUUAAAGCCUGUAAGGACGGCUCAGUGGAAGAAGUGAAGAAUCUCAUCAAAAGUGGCACAGAUCCAAAUACCGUGGGAGCAAUACAACAAGCCUCUGCAAACGGGUAUCUAGACAUCGUGGAGGAGUUGCUAAAAGCUGGUGCGAGCAUCAACCUUGUUGACUUCAGCAAUCAGACGGCACUCCACUGCGCCGCUGGGCUGGAGAUCCACGGUACAAACUUCUGGAUGAGGCGAUGGAAAAAGCUCAGAUGCGGAGAAGUUCCACGGCUGCAAGACAACAACUUGCAGCUCCAGAAGUAA